UUUGCGCUGACGCGGGACUAUUGUCGCUUUGACACGUGGCCCCGACGCUCGCGUGGCCCCCGCGGCCCCCCGCUUGACCCCGGGACCCCCGCGACCCCAGUACACAACAUGGCGCUGCUACUGCUGCUUCUAACGAUGUUACCGCUGUCUCUAUCGUUACCGUCAGUAGCGGCGCGGUCGUCGCACGAGCUGGUGGAGACGCUGCGGCGGCAGCUGAUGCAGGACAACUACGACUACAUGGAGGGCUCCGACAGCUCCGAAGUGACACUCGCGCCGCUCAACGUGGACUACGCGCAGCCGUCGCGCCGCCGCGAGCGUAGUCGCCGCCCCACUCGUCCCCGGCCACACCAGGACCGCGACUCGGACCUCAUCCCUGAGCCUGAAGAAUUCGACCACCGAUCAGAGUUCGCGCCGAAAGAGAUCUACCCACGAGGACCCGCGCAGCAGCACGCGCCGCUGUCACCGCGUCAGAGCGGCAGUCACGGCGGCGACGACGACGACCGCGUGGAAGACGCCGGCGGGCAUUCGUCCGCCGAGCGGCCGCACCGCGCCCGCCGCCCCUCCCCCGACCGCGACCCGCCCGUCCAGCAGCGCGACCUCUUCUACUACGCUGACGACACGCAUUUCGCCGACACCAACGUUGUCGACCCUACCUUCGUCAACACCUUCGACGGCCGAAACAGUAGACACAAAGAUCGCAAACAUCGUGAUAUAAAACCUCACAAUCAACGAGAUUAUCGGCGAAUGGAACAUGGUCCAGAGGACAAUCACAUUGACCACGAUAAUGAUCACCAGGAAGAUCACGGCGACCACGACGACCACGGCGUUCAAGCUGUUCAGGGUCAAGAUCACGCCAACAGUGUCGAGCAACACACAGGACUCAUCGACUAUGGCGACGAAUAUCAUCGCACCUCACCACGAUACAAGAUUCUCGAGGUCCCCGGCAAGUCACGGUCCGGGCGGCGCUCGGGAGCUGGCGACGACACGCGGCGGUUCCUGCAGGAGGAGCGCGCAGACGGUGUCUCCAUCCUCAAGCUGGGCGACGGACCCUUCCCGGAGUUCCGUCUACCACCUGACCGACGCCAGUAUAUGGCGGUGGCGGAUGGCCCCGCCGAGCGCCGCCACCGCGCGCCCGUGCCCACUGUGUCCGAGCACGACUCCUCCGACGACGACCCGCUCCUCCCCGGCGGGCUCCACCCCGACACGCCCUUAGUCCCCCCCGACAUGCCCGACAUCACCCCUGAACUCCAACUCCCCCCGCUGCCUCCCGGCAUGCUGACCAAUGACGCCCAGACCUCCGGCGAGCCGCUGGUCGACCCCGACGCCCCCCUCGACACGCGGCGCCUCGCAGACCUACUCGGCGAUGACCUCCUCAACAUGGUCUAAUUGUAGUCCUAAUGCAGUUCCAUAAGAAUGUUUGUCCUUUGUAUUUUCGAAUAAAUUUAGCCGUAAAAUAUAGGUACGCUUAUGA